UACCCGCCAGAGCCCGCGCGAACAGAAGGCAAAAGCUUUUCGGGUUGCAUUUCGGAGCGGAAGGAUGGCUUCGCUCGCUUCUUUCUCCAGGAUGGGGGCACGGGUGGCUUCCGCCGCUGCCCGUACUGCGCCCCGCACGGCGAAGCAGGCUGUGCAGGCGAGCGCCGCGCGGAGCUUCUCCGUGGCUAGCCAGGUGAUCGAGCUCUCGAGCUACCUCGAGAAGCGCAUCGCCAGCACGGCGACGGACGCCAACAAGGCGGUGUCCGAGUACAACGAGAUCGGAAAGGUCGUGACCGUCGGUGACGGUAUCGCGCGCGUCUACGGGCUCAACAACGUGCAGGCCGGGGAGAUGGUCAUCUUCGACUGCGGGCUUCGGGGCAUGGCCCUCAACCUGGAGGAGAGCAACGUGGGUGUCGUUAUCUUCGGCGACGACAGGGAGAUCCUAGAGGGCGGCACCGUCAAGCGCACCGGGGCCAUCGUGGACGUGCCCGUGGGGCCCGAGUGCCUCGGCAGAGUACUCGACGGCCUCGGCGUGCCUAUCGACGGCGCGGGGCCCCUCACCACCAAGACGCGCUCGCGUGCGGAAGUGAAGGCCCCCGGCAUCAUCCCCCGCAAGUCCGUUCACGAGCCCGUCCAGACUGGCCUGAAGGCCGUGGACGCCCUGAUCCCGAUCGGGCGCGGGCAGCGUGAGCUGGUGAUCGGUGACCGACAGACGGGUAAGACGGCCAUCUGCAUCGACACGAUCAUCAACCAGAAGACCAAGGGCGACGACUUGCUCUACUGCGUGUACGUGGGUGUCGGACAGAAGCGGUCGACCAUCGCCCAGCUCGUGGGUUUGCUCUCUGAGCAGGAUGCCAUGGGGCACUGCGUGGUGGUGGCCGCUACCGCCUCCGACUCCGCCCCCCUUCAGUUCCUCGCGCCUUACUCCGGAGCCGCGAUCGGAGAGUACUUCCGCGACAACGGGAAGCACGCCGUCAUCUUCUACGAUGACCUUUCCAAGCAGGCCGUCGCCUACCGUCAGAUGUCUCUGCUAUUGCGCCGUCCCCCCGGCCGUGAAGCCUACCCGGGAGACGUGUUCUACCUACACUCCCGUCUGCUCGAGCGCGCGGCCAAGCUCGGCGACGCCUCCGGCAACGGUUCGCUGACCGCCCUGCCCAUCAUCGAGACCCAGGCCGGUGACGUUUCGGCGUACAUCCCCACCAACGUUAUCAGUAUCACGGACGGACAGAUCUUCCUCGAGUCCGAGCUGUUCUACCAGGGCCAGCGCCCCGCAAUCUCUGUGGGUCUCUCCGUGUCCCGCGUGGGGUCCGCCGCACAGCGCAAGUGCAUGAAGCAGGUGGCCGGUACCAUGAAGCUGGAGCUCGCGCAGUACCGUGAGGUCGCUGCGUUCGCCAAGUUCGGAUCUGACCUGGACGCCUCUACCCAGCAGCAGCUUAACCGGGGGGUGCGGCUGUACGAGUUGCUGAAGCAGGACCAGUACGUGCCGCUCGAGGUUGAGGAGCAGGUGGUGAUCCUGUUCGCGGGCGUGAAAGGCUUCAUCGAUCGCGUGGAUGUGAACAAGGUUACCGCUUACGAGAAGGCGUGGCUGGCCCACAUCAAGGCGUCUCACUCGUCGGACAUCUUGGAAGGCAUCAAGAAGGACAACUACGAGCUCACCGACGACAUGCAGCAGAAGCUCGCCAGCGUCUGCGACGAGUUUACCACCUCCUUCACCAGCUAAACGCUGCAGGCGCUAGCGACAUGAGAGGGAAAGGACAGGCAGCGAUUUUGGCGUUUAGUAGUGUACCGUGGAGCUGCCGUAGCCGUCUGGCUGAAGAGCGAUGUUGACGUUGGCGAUGGUUGCGGCGUCAACCGGAUCGGCUGGAGGGGAGAACUAGCAGAACUUAAGUAGCGGCUUGUGGUUGUUUGUCCUUCGUGCCGCCUGUGGACAUGACGAAGCAUCUCCAUCCUUUCACUGGGACAGAUUGGUGUUUGGUGUUUCUGCUAGUUCACUGCUAGGUUAGCGGGAUUCGUUGGAGGGUGCCCCAACGCAGACAUGAUCAAAUAAGGAACUCCAUCCGUUAAUAGGGACAGGAUGGUGUUUCUUGGUGGUUAACGAGACUGUGGGGGGGGCUUGCGACCCUGACUUGGAAAGUAAAACAGUGCGGAACCACUGCUGUGCCGCGGCGGAAAUAUUGUGGCCGAUUGGUCCUUCGUGCUCCGUGGGGGCAGGCAACAGCCAGCAGCACGUUUCAAGACGUUAAUCACACAUUCUCGGUAGUUUUGGUGUGACCAUGAAGGUUGUGGCCCCGCACGUUCAUUACCACGUUAACUCUUGUAUCGCGUCUCGUGUGUGUAUGCAUUGGCGUUCUACCGCUGUUCUUUUUCUCCUCAAGCUAAGAUUUGUUCCUGAGCACCUACCCGAUAUCGUGCGAAUGUCGUCGAGAAUUCCACCGCCCUUGAUUUUGAGGAAAUACACACAAGGCGUUGACGUGGGGAGAUCAAUAGUCGGAUUUGAUUCGAUGGCAGCUAUCUUGCCGCCAUGAGAUCAUGUAAGGUUGAAGCUUAAAAGAACUGCCUCGGCGACUCGUCACAGUGGGAAAGGGUGAAUGAACUGUGCUAAUGUGACGUGCUUGACCACUCACCCCAUGACUCCAACACCCACCUUGUAUAUCCCGGCAGAUUCUUAUUUCUUUGCGACAGCAACGAUCCACGUGUGGUCCUUGCGGAGAAACAUUUCGAACGGAAAAGGUACUUGUACUGUACACU